AUGUCAAAAGAGUUGAAAAAUAGUGUGCUGAAGCUAUUAAAAGAAUCAGGCGUGCUAGAGAUCACAGAUGAUCCAGCUAUUAAAGAAAUACAAACCAUAAACAAUGACGAUAUAUCAACAGAGAUAAAACAUACACAGGUUUAUCGUGACCUGGUUGAUAAUUUGGAUAGAUUGAUGGUUAUCGAACAAUCACAAAAGGGAAUGUAUGAUAGUGUUAAGGAUGAACUCAUGAAAAGUGGGAGAUUAGCUCACUUGAUACAAGAUGGUGAACUAAAAGAUGAAGAGCUGUUAAAAUAUUUAAAACAGAUCCAACAAAUAAGAAGAUUAGUUAUUGAAUCCUCUACAAUGACAUUACCAGUUCUUCGAUCAGUUCAUCAAGUUGAAGGUUUAACCACAAAAGAAGCUGGAAUUGUAUCAAAGAUUGAGAAAAGAGACGAAUUAACAGAUAAAAUAAUCAAACUUCAAUUCAAAAUCAACAAAAACACUGAAAAACUGAUUAAAUUAACAAAUGAAAACCUCUCAAAAUUUGAAACUAGUAAACAAUUAACAUCAUUAUUAAUAGAGACAAAACGUAAUGAUAAUACACCACAAGAUCCAAAACAAAAGGCAAUACUUGAGAAAAAUUUAGCAGAAGCUAAAGAAAAAUCAUACAAUUUAGCAGAACAAAUUCAAGCUUUCAUCGUGGAGAAUGGAUUAAAUUGGGCAGAUGAUGAACAACUUCGAGAAAUUGUACUCUACUGUGGUGAGAUAUAUAGAUAA